AUGCAGCUCACCAAGGCGCUCAUCGCCAGCCUAGCCGCCCUCGGCAACGCAGCCGUCAUCUGGGACGGGCGCUUCAACGACUUCUCGUCGUCCUCGGACCUCAACAAGUGGUCAUGGAGUAAUCAGGUCGGACCUUACCAGUACUACAUCCACGGCUCCGGCACGGUGGAGAAGUACGUCAACCUCUCGCCGGACUACAAGAACCCCAACGACACGGUCAGCAAGCAGGGGGCCAAGUUCACUCUCGAUAGCACGGCGUUCUGGAACGGUCAGAACAUGCGGCGAACCGAGCUGAUCCCCCAGACGACGGCGGGCAUCAACAAGGGCAAGGUGUACUACCAUUUCAGCCUCAUGCGCAGCGACAAGAACGCGCCGAGCGUCAACCGCGAGCACCAGAUCAAUUUUUUCGAGAGCCAUUUCACCGAGCUGAAGUAUGGCUGGAUCAGCGGCGAGUCUGGCACGAGCAAUCCCAAUCUGCAGUGGAUGGUCAGCCAGAAGAGCUAUUGGAAGACGGAGUGGACUCCGGGUGUCUGGCACAACGUUGCCUAUGAGAUAGACUUCUCUGCCAACAAGAUUGGCUUCUGGCACUCAACAGGCGGCGAUCCUCUCACGCAAGUGGUAGCCCCUGUUUCCGGCUCGACAUCUUCGAACGGCGCCGACUGGCAUCUGGGCGUUUUGGAACUACCGCGAUCCGGUUACAGCGAUACAACUGAGGAUUUCUACUUCUCGGGGGUCUAUAUCGAGAGCGGUUCAAUCACGACGGCUAUUGGGGGUCCUAAAUAG